AGAUGCGUGCCACCGAAAGUUAGCACUGCCACCGCGUGGGUUGUGUCUUUUCCCCAUUCUGUAACAAUGGUUCAUUGUUCUUUGCCCGUCGACGCCGUGUCAGACACACGUAAUCCGUAUUGUUCUCCAUCCACCAUGCUUGAUCGGACGAGUAUAAAGUCCAAGGUUCUCCUCUUGGCCACAUCAUCGCUUCUUCCUCUCUUCCUUUCUUUCGCUCCUGGUUGAGUUUCAUUUCUCCUCUGGACAGGCAUUUUACUAUUCAACUACACAUUCUUUCUCUUGCUGAGCUAUCGACGACUGAACCAUGCAGUUCAAACUCACGCUUUCCCUCUCCGCUCUCCUUUUGCUUUUUACGCUUCACGAUGUCGAGGCUGCGCCUCUGAGCAAGAAACACAAAAUCCUGACGCUUCCUUUGACGAGACUUCAGCAGCGACGGACCGAUCUUCAUCCACAAGUGCUUUUGCAACAACACAUCAACCGUGGCCAUCGACGUCUUGCUCUUAUGUCAGACUCUGGAGUCGGUCCAACGGAUGAAGAGCUUCGAGCCAGUCUUCACAAACGCGUCCACGCAUGUCAUCCCAAUGAAACGACGACCGAACUUCAAAAACGUUACAAUCCGUACAUUCACAGUUCAGUGACGACCUUGGACACGCCUACUCUCAGCUUGCACGAGGACGGGAAUUCUUCUGCAACUGCAAGUGCCACCUCUGCCUCUGCCUCGAGUGGCUUUACGGAUGCCGAAAUUAACGCCCUCUUAAAUGGAGGUGUGACAGACGCGAACACACCAACCGCCAACAACUCGUUGGGAUUGGAUAUACUGGCUAACGAUGUGGGCUAUACUUCCGUCGUCGAGAUUGGAACGCCUCCUCGUCAAUUUAGGGUCCUCAUGGACUCUGGAUCGGCUGACUUUUGGGUGGGUAGUGAUAACUGCCAGGCCCAAGGUGGAGGAAACUGCGGAAACCAUACGUUCCUCGGCGAGCAGAGGUCCAGCUCUUUCAACACCUCCAACGAGCAGUGGAACAUCACUUAUGGUACUGGUACCGUGGCAGGCGUAAAGGUUGCAGAUGAUGUUACCAUCGCUGGCCUUCUCUUGCAAGCUCAUAACUUUGGCGUUGCCGAGGUAGAGUCUGCCGACUUCGCUUCCGAUAAUACGGAAUUUGAUGGUCUCAUCGGUCUCGCACAAUCAACACUUUCCAAUCAAGGUUUCUUGUCGCCUGUCGAGUCGCUUGCUAAGAACGGCCUCAUCAGCGCAGCUAUCACGUCUUACAAGAUUUCUCGCCUUGCUGAUGACAAAAAUGACGGAGAGAUUACCUUUGGUGGUCUCGACGACACCAAGUUCCAAGCAGACACCCUGGUGACUGUAGACAACAUCAGCAAACAGGGCUUCUGGAUCGCUGCCUUGGAUGGUGCUUCCGUCGAUGGUACCGACUUGAAGAUUGAAGGCCAGGCAGCCAUCUUGGACACUGGAACUACUCUUCUUAUCGCUCCUGCUGCUGAUGCGGAGAAGAUCCACAGCAAUAUCGACGGCGCUGCCUCAGAUGGCCAGGGCGGAUUCCUCGUGCCUUGCACCACCAACGCUAGUGUUGCCUUGACGUUUGGAGGUACUGCCUUUGCUAUCGAUCCUAGAGACCUCGCCUUCGCACCUUUGGACAUCAACGAUCCCAAUGGUAUGUGCGUGUCAGGAAUUUCUUCAGGCAAUGUCGGACAAGGGGAAUGGCUGGUUGGUGAUACUUUCCUCAAAUCAGCCUACUUCUCGACCGAUGUCGACAAGAACCAACUUUCUUUGGCAAAACUGGCUUAAUUGCUGGGUGAUGGAUAGAGAAGGAAGAAGCCUCGGUUAUGUAGACUAGUCUAGGACGUGUGUAUAAUGGGUAAUGGUAUUUCUUUGGGACAUUAUCUUUGUGCCAGAC